AUGGGCAGAAAGGUGCAUGCGAGGCUGAAGAAGGUCGGCAUGCAGCUGCACGAUGCACAGGACGAGGUGGCGAGGUUGGAGAAGGAGCUCCGGUCGACGCAUGACCAGAUGCACAACACGGAGACCUCGGACAACAUGCUGACAAUGGAGCUUCAAAAGCUUGGCCAGCAGCUUCAAGACGCUCAGGCGGAAGUCGCCAGGCUGGAGAAAGAGUGCGAGCAGCUGCGCACGCAGUAUGCGCUUUUGGAGGCCGACCACUCCGACCUCACGCUUCGCGCUGAGGAGGCAGUAGCCCAGCAAGCGGCUUUGUCUGCAGAACAUCAGCGAGUUCUGGGAGAGGCACAGCGCCUUCAAGAACUGCCGCCUCCACAGCAGGAGAGCCUGCGGCCGAAGCAGCUUGAAGCGGAGAUUGCGCGCCUGCAGGCAGAGCGUGACGAACUGGCAAAACAGGCGAAGACACAGGCUGAGUACCAUCAGACGAGGCAAGAGGAUCUCCGGGCCGAUGCCGACCGCUUGCGCGAUGAGAACUUUGCGCGCGCCGACGAAUGGAAGGUCCUCGUGGCAGAGCUUGCGGAUCUCCGAGCCAGCCGGACUGCCAUGGAGUCCAAGUGUGACGGCUUGACAGCCCAGGUGAAGACGCUCGAUGAAGAAGGCCAGAAGCAGCAAAGGCUCGCCGACAACUUUCGGAAGGAGUCUGAGAUGCUGAAAGGCGACAUACAGAGGCUGCAGAAGUCCGUGCUUGAUGCAGCAACUGAACAACAGGCGGCUGCAGAGCAGGCAGAACAGCUGCGAGCAGACGCAGCGGAACUGGAAGCAGCCAGGCGUGCUUCGCAGCGCGAAUCGGCUGAGCUGCGGCGUCAGGCCGAGCAGUGGGCUACCGAGCGCGGGCAGCUGGAGGCGGAGGCUGUGCGCCUUCAAGCAGCCAGGGAGGCUUUAGAAGACGACAACAGGACCCUGAUGCAAAGGGUCGAAGCUAUGGCGCCGAAGCCCGAAAGCGAGGAGGCCUACCAAGCCGCAAUGCAUGAAGCGGAGCAGUGGGUCCUGUACCAUGCUGGGAUGCCCCUGGAGGGCCCCAGCCUUCCCUACCUGAAGGGUGUCAUCAUCUCCUUCCCCGAGUUCUUCUCGCACAUGAUCCCGAUUGCAUUGGCCAGCGCGCCGAAGCAAUUGCGGUCUGCAGCGGCCGCCGUCGAAAGCGGGGAGCUGGCAAGAGCCACCCUGCAGUGCUUCAGGCUGUGUGACGCGCAUCGACGCGGCAUGCUGGGCUGGGAAGACGAAGAGGUGAGCGACCUGGUGGAUGCUGUCUUCCAGCGCAAGGGUCUUCAAUCACCGCCGCAGGACGCGCAGCGGCGCAUGUUUGCCAAGUUUGCCGAGGACCUGGCGGGCAACCUUUGUGCGCAGGACUGUCUGUGCAUGGUGGACGCACUCUUCCGGGCUUUACUGCUGUGCCCUGCAGCCGUAUCCGUCAGCACCUCAGACGUGGUGCCAGAGGGCCCUUGCCUUGCACCAAAGAGUCCCACUCUGCAGGAUAGCGUCGAGGCACGGCAGCUUCGCGAAUCCGUUGCGCAAGCGCGGCUGCAGCGUCGCCUUGAGGAGGCCGAACGUUCAGCGGAAGCUGCCGUGAGCGCUGCCAAAGGUGCAGCCGUCAUUGGUCCUCCAGUAUAC